AUGACAGCUGGAUUUUCACAAUUUGGAAAUAAAACUUGAAUGAAAGGUUUGGAAGGAAAAUCUCCGGUCCAUUACACAUUUCCGGAAAAAUUCAGUACCCAGAGACUCACAUUACUGGGAGUGCUAUCUACUCAUGAGUGUUGUACUCCAUUGAGAAAAAAACCCAGGAAGUUGCUGUUCUACUCAGGAUUGACCAAGAAGCCAUGAAAUCCCUUACUGUGGGAGACUUAGAAGAUUGCCUGCUAAAUAAGGUGGACUUGAGGCGCCAGAAGAUUUCCCAGGCUGUGGAGGAGGUGCAGAAAGUCGUUCAUCAUUUGACCACAAAUAUCAGCUCCCAAGACAUUAGAUUUCAAGCCGUGCCUUACUCUGACACAUACAAUGAAAAUAUUAAGGUUUUGGCCCCCAGUCAGUUCCUCGUCACAGUCCCAGUAAAAGGCCUGGCAGGGUACAGGGAAGCCAGGGAGCAACGCUGGAGGUACUAUACCCUGCAGGGCACCAGGCUGCCCUGCCCCUUGCGAGACCCGGAGGGUCUGCAGCAGUGGCUGGAGGUGGAACAAUUUAUGAAGAGCCUGUGGCAGUGGCACGAGACAGAUGUGAACAUCGACGGAGACAUUGUACCAGCCAAGGUCCUCCUGGUGUUCCGGAAGCUGGUGGAAAACGCAAUCAGAACCUGUCACCUCUCAGGUAAGGUCAGCAUGCUAGGAAACCGUUCUGCAGUGUGGGUUGCCGUGGAAACAUCCGCAUAUCCGGUGGAACUGGAGCUGGUCCCCACCGUGGAGAUCCCCACUACCUGGUCCGAGAAAGCCCGGUGGCCUCGAUGUCUGCAGCGCUGGCCUUCCCAAGAGAGAGUGGAGUGUAUCAAGUCGUUUGGGUUUAACCUGUUGGCCUGUUCAAGUUAUCACUGGCAGCUGAGCUUCUUCCGUGCUGAGCAGGUGUUGCUCGGACAGCUGGAUGACGAUGGGGGCUGCCGAAGGAAGUGUUUUCAAGUCAUGAGGCAACUGAAGGAGGAAGUCUGGUGCCCGGGGAACAGGCCGGUCAUCACAUCUCACCAUCUGCAGACCGUGCUCUUUUGGACCUGCGAGAAAUAUCCCCACUUUAAAGACUGGCAGGUCUUCAGCAAAGCGUUCCUGCGCCUGGUGAGGAAAUUGCACAAGUGUGUGAGCCAGCACUUCCUGAAACACUAUUUCGUCCGAAACAGCAACCUCUUUCAGUGCACCAACCCCAUCGAACUGGACGCUGUGGCCCAAAAGGUGUCCACGUUCCUGAAGAACCCCCAGAUUAGCCCACCCUGAUGGCUGCCCCGGCCUGGGAGGUUCUUGGACAUUUUAUUCUGGCUUGUUUUCUGGAUGGUUCCUUAGUCAGGUGCCAGGAUCCCGCCUAGGAAAAAGGCCCCAAACGGCAGCAGAAAUUACAUCAAACCAGUAACACUUUGCAGGUGGGGAACCGUGCCUCAGGAUGUCUGGCCCAGGUCUCCCUGGAGCCCAGCAAGUAUUUCUGCCCUAGCUACCUCUCCUGGGGACGCCUCUCAUCAGGCUUCCUCAGGCUCGAUUCAGAAUCGGUGACAGUUUUGAACUUAGUUUCCUUUAUUCAGGCUCUGAUCGUCUCACGGUGAAGAUGGAGACAGAACCCCUGGAAGGCCACACGUGAGUCUGCUGGCCGAUUGUGUACCCAGCCCCACUGAUCAUGGGCUCAUUCUCCUGCCAUGUGUAAAAUGGGAAUGUUAAUGCACCUACCACUGAGCAGGGCUGGGUGCCUAUGACACUGUGCUGGCACCUUUUCAAGGGGAAGGCAUUGGAUCAACACAAAGUGUUACUGGUCGGUUGAGCAGCUGGUGUUGGCAUCCUGGAUUGGUACCCACAGCAGUGAUGCAAAAUUGCACCUGAUGAGUUAGCAAGCCUCUGCUUCCUUGAGGCCCUCCAGCUUCCUUAGCAUGUGGGUCCUGAGGUUCUGUUAGCUUCCCUGGUAUUCUCUAAGCAGGGAAGGACGGGUUUGAUGACAAGCGUGGAAGAUAAAAGUACAGCUCUUGGCCUGAUCCCAGCCACAGCCCUCCCUUUGCUUCCCAUGCCAUGGGUCAUGGAUGGAACUUCCUUAUAUGUAUGUAAAUAACCCAGUACUGUGGUCUGCGUGGAGUGACCUUGGUGUCUGUCACUGCUCAGCGUGUUCCUUUGCUCACCUCAUUCACUCACUCACUCAUUGAUAAAUAACGCUCAUUAGGCACUGGGAACACAGGAAAGAGCAAGGUGGAUGAGGACCUCCCCCGGGGAUGCCGCCUAAUGGUGAAGACAAGAAGUGAAAGACAGAUAAACACGCACAGUUAUUACGAAUGAAAGCAAGUGCUCCGAAGGAAAUAAACAGAAUGUUGGCCACAGAAACGUCCAGGAAGGAUGAAAAUGCAAAUAGCUGAACAGGAAGGAAAAGUGACUAAAGGCAAGCCUGGGAGGGCUGGCAUGAGUCAGAGCAGCUGGCAUUGUGUGACACUGGACCUGUCCAGAUCAAAGGUGUGACAUUUGACCUCUCCAGAAGCAGAGGAGUCUCACGAUCUGACUGCAUCUUGAACGAUUGUUCUGGUAACUGCAUGAAGCAGGUCUGGGGGCUCACACAAGAGCCAGGACACUGGACGCUCUUGAGCCACCCAUUUGGAAUUUGACGGAGGCUCACAAAGUAACAUACUCUGUGUGACACAACUAAUCAGGAAUUCUAGGAGUUCUCGGUGAGAUCAAUUUUUUUUUUUUCUGGUGUUUACUUAAUACUUCUCAACUCAAGGGGCUCCUUUAUUACUUUUGAAGAUUUUUGCCCAGAUGUCCAUACCAAAGAUACAUUUCUAAAGCGUGAACGACUGAUUUUGUUUUGAUGAAAACUAACAUCUGAAAAUAAAAAGAAUUAUUUUUCAAACGUACUAUAACC